AUGGUGACAAAUACAACAGUAACCGAAUUUGUUCUCUUGGGCUUCUCUGUGAGUCCAAGGGUGCAGACAAUAGGUCUUUCACAGAAUCCAAGGUGGAAUUUCAUCCUCUUCCUGAUUUUUCUCACUAUCUAUGUAACAACGUGGCUUGGAAACCUCACCAUUAUUUUCACUGUGAUAUUCAUGCCUCAGCUCCAUACACCAAUGUAUUUCCUAUUGGCCAAUCUUGCUGCUUUAGAUAUCAGUGAUUCUACGGUCACUUCUCUGAAGCUGCUGGCAGGCCUGCUAUCCCAUUCCAAUACCAUUUCUUACAACUGGUGCAUUGCUCAGAUUUUCUUUUUCCACUUUACUGGUGCUUCUGUGGAUUUCUUGCUCACCGUCAUGGCUGUGGAUCGGUACAUAGCUAUCUACAAGCCACUGAAGUAUGUAAUGAUUAUGAAUCAAACGGUUUGUAUUAGUUUGGUAGCAAGUUCUUGGUUGGGUGGCUUUGUUCACUCCAUUGUCCAGAUUGGGAUCAUCAUUCAGCUGCCCUUCUGUGGACCCAACAUACUGGACAAUUUCUACUGUGACAUCCCUCAAGUUGUCAAGCUGGCUUGUACUGACACGUACAUCACUGAACUGCUGAUGGUUUCUAAUAGUGGAUUAAUUGUUACAGCUAUGUUCUUGGUCUUACUUGUGUCAUAUUCUGUCAUUUUGGUGAAAAUUCGAACUCAUGUCACAGAGGGAAAACACAAGGCUCUUUCUACUUGUACAGCACAUAUGGUGGUACUGAGCUUAAAUUUUGUCCCUGCAAUAUUUAUGUAUAACCGGCCUUUCACGGUAUUUCCAGGAGACAAGUUUGUUUCUGCAAUGUAUACUCUCAUCACCCCAAUGCUGAACCCAAUGAUCUUCACUCUAAGAAAUACAGAAAUGAAAAAUGCUAUUAGGAAACUCAAAGUCAAAAUGGUGUCUUCGAAAAGCAGAAUCUUUAUUGGGGAAAAAUCCUUUGUCUCUAGACUUCACUGA